AUGUCUGCGCCGGCGACGUCUGACCCCGUGAACCAGAGUGGGGGGAUAUCUAAGUCGAGAAAGAAAAGGAACAAGAGGAAGGCUGGUGGAGCGAAUAGGGCGGAAGAGACGGCGCAAGUCAACGGGAACCACCCCAAGUCCGAGCCAGAGGAUCAUGAGGAAGACACGGAAGACGAGGAAGAGGAAACUAAGCCGGCCGCGCAAUCCACCGUUCCAGACGCACACACAGGCGACGUAGACGACGAGGAACAACCCAUCUCCUCCACACACGCGCAGACAAAUGGCACACAGCAUCGCAGCAUAUCAUCUGCAGUCGCCCUCGGGUUCUCGCGGUCGCAUUCCCCUCAAGGCCUGUCGCCGUCGCCGCCGUCACCCUCAGAUACCAAUGCGCGUCUCGACGCCAUAGCCAAGGAGCGAGACGCGUUACGGCAAGAGGUCACGGAGCUGAGGAAGAGCUUGGAGAGUAUACAGAACCAACAUGAGGGCAAGACCUCUGAGGACACAGAGGCAAAACAUGAGGAGGAGAUCAGGAGUCUGCGUGAAGAACUAGAUGAAGCCAACGAAGGGAAGGACCAUUUCGAGACGCAGUAUAAAACUUUACUGGGGAGAGUGAACACGAUCAAGACGAGUCUGGGUGAUCGUUUGAAGGCGGAUGCGGCCAGGAUCGAAGAAUACCAAAUUCAAGUUUCCGACUUCGAAGACCAGACUCGCGAGCUUCAGGAGAACAACAACGCCCUGGCUGAGGAGCUUGCAACACUACGACAGGAUAACGAGGCCCAGGUAUCAGAGAUGAACAACCUAAGGAGCAGAUCGAAUCUAUCACAGCAAAACUGGAUCAAGGAGCGCGACGAGCUCAUCUCUCGGGAAGCAUACGCAAGAGAAGAGUUCGAGAAUGCCAAACAGGCCAUGCAAGACUGGGAAGUACUCGCUAUGAACGAACGGUCACUGCGGGAGAAUCUUGCCGAGAAAGAUUCGGAGUUGAGAGAGCAGCUCGAUUCGUUGAAAGACGAAUACGAAAGAGCUGCUCGAGACCGGGAUAUGAAUAAUGAGGCGGUAGAAGGCUUGCAAAAGGCGCUGCAAGAAGUACAAAAUUUGCGGAAAGCUGAACUCAAGAAAUCCGUCGAGACAUACGAAUCCCAAAUCAACGAUCUCCGAAAGCAAGUGCAAAACGCCGAAGACAUUUCGAAGUCGGCCAAGUCCACGCUCGAGAAGACCCAAAAAGAGCUGGAGCGAGCAUUGCCAUUCGAGAAAGAAGUCAAGGAAAAGAAUCUGCUGAUUGGCAAGUUACGACAUGAAGCUGUCACCCUAAACGAGCAUCUUACGAAAGCGCUGCGGAUACUCAAGAAAGGACGGCCAGAGGACAAUGUGGACCGGCAGAUCAUUACGAACUACUUCUUACACUUCCUCGCUAUUGACCGCUCAGAUCCUAAGAAGUUCGAGGCAUUGCAGCUCAUCUCUGCGUUGUUAGGAUGGACAGAAGAACAACGCGAACAAGCCGGCCUCGCUCGCCCAGGAGCCUCAUCCAGUUCUUCCGCUCUCCGCCUACCAAUGUCCCCCUUCCGUCGCGUACCUUCAACGCCCUCGCUCAAUUCUUCUUCCGACCCAAUGCUCAUGGCGAGUAGCUCGAGUAAUAAGGAGUCCCUGGCCGAGCUGUGGCAAGACUUCCUGGAGAGAGAAGCUGCGGAGGGAAAGAUUGGGAGUAGGAGGGAGAGCACGGCGAGUUCGUCGCCAAUGAGGAAUGGAAAUGAGAAGGGUGCAAGUGGGUUGGGGAUCCAGUGA